AUGGGCGCUUGCAAUUUUAUAGCUAUCAAUAAGAAGAAUCCUCAAGCUUUACAGCAUAAGAAAGAGUACAAACAAGUAAAGAUAACAAUUUUACUUAAUAACCAAACUUUGUUUAAGCAAAAAACAAAAAUUUAUAAAAAGAAAGCUCAAAAUGCUCCUAAGCUGCAUAUCCAAGAUAGCAGUCUUUAUAAAUCUAGGGCAACAAUAAGGCUAAUGUGCAAACAAAACACAAGAGACAUAGAGUUUGAUAAAGUUUAUUCAACGAAGUCUAGUGUAUCAUCAGUCUUAAUUUAA